CCGCCCUCCUGAUGCUACGCAGUCAAAUUAUGAAAUAAUGGCAACGUCGCACACUCGCCAUGUCACUAUGCCUCUUCCCCCCACGCAGGCCCUGUUUGCAGAACUCAAUCCGAUCGAAAACAAGCCAUGGAGGAUUUGUCCGCCCCUGCCAUCCUCGAGAACCCCUCUGUCGAUUUCCAGACUGUCAAAAAGGACGGCGAUGACGGCGAGGUGCGCUCCGUGCAUCACGGAGAAAAUGACCUCCUUCGCGGUGAGGUAGUCGAUCAGGUUUUGGCAGCCAAAAUGAAUUUGAUCAAUGAUGCGAUUGACGAAAUUGGUUUUACGCCAUAUCACUGGAAGCUUUUCUGCCUCAAUGGAUUUGGUUAUGCGGUUGAUUCGUUAAUUCUGCUCCUACAAUCAAUUAUUGCGACUCAAGCCGUUCUCGAGUUCCACCCGUCGUAUUCUACGGGACUCACUAUCGCCGUAUACGUGGGAAUGCUUGUCGGCGCCCUAUUCUGGGGUCUCUCUGCCGACAUAAUCGGUCGUCGCUUCGCCUUCAACGUCUCGCUAUUUAUCUCCUCAAUCUUUGCAAUCGUUGCAGGUGCGUCGCCAAACUGGGUUGUCUUGGGUUUGUUCAUUUGCCUCAGUGCAUUUGGCGCCGGUGGAAAUCUAGUUUUAGACACAGCCGUAUUCUUGGAGUACCUGCCUAGUCAAGACCAAUGGCUGAUUACGCUUAUGGCUGCUUGGUGGGGAAUCGGCCAGCUCAUAGCUGGUCUGUUUGCAUGGGCAUAUAUUCCAGCUCAUCAUUGCUCCGACACAGGUCCCUGCACGUAUGACAAUAACAUAGGCUGGCGCUAUGUAUGGUACACUUCUGGCGCUUUUGUCUUCUUCCUGUCGGUGCUCCGUAUUACAAUCAUUCGUUUGCAGGAAACGCCCAAAUUCUUAGUCGCAGAGGGCCGUGAUGAGCAGGCAGUUCGCGUUCUUCAGGAUAUUGCAAAAAAAUAUAACCGACCCUGCAGGCUCAGUUUGCAAAUGCUGGAACGCCUCGGUGCAACACAGCGACCGAACCAAGAUGGCAAGAAAUAUCGCGUCUCCUUUACCGAGUUAACUUUUCACUUCAAGGGUCUGUUUGCAACCCGCAAGAUGGGCCUAUCAACUACGCUUGUUUGGUUUUCAUGGCUGCUUAUUGGCCUAGCCUAUCCUCUAUACAAUGUCUUUCUACCUACUUAUCUCUACUCGCGUGGUGCCAGUUUUGGAGUUUUGAGUGAAUACAUUACUUGGCGCAACUAUGCGCUGGUGAACGUGUCUGGGAUCCCAGGGCCUAUAGUAGCCGGCUUUAUGUGUCGGUCGCAGUGGUUCUGGGGUCGCCGUGGGACAAUGGUUAUCGGUGCGCUUGUUACUAUGGUCUUCUUCUUUUGCUACACCCAGGUACGAACUGAAAGCCAGAAUAUUGGCUUCUCCUGCACCGUCAACUUCUGUCUGAAUAUAUACUACGGAACACUUUAUGCGUACACACCUGAAGUCUUCCCGUCCGCGCACCGUGGAACUGGCAACGGGGUAGCCAUCGGAUUAAAUCGAAUCAUGGGUAUCGUAAGCGCCGUGGUCGGCAAGGCUGCCAAUGUUCGUUCUCUUGUGGCGUCGAUUUUUGUGAUACAUAAAACGAGAAAUACUGAUAAGUUGACUUCAGACGAAUACACCGGUUCCCAUCUACAUAUGCGCAGCUCUCUACGCCGUUAUGGCCAUUGUUGCAGCCAUCUUCCCCUUCGAGCCCUAUGGCAAACGAAGUAGUUAGGUCGACGAUGGGCCGUAGCCAUCCUCCAGUAUACACAAGCUCAUGUGCAUCUUCAAUUCAAUGUUCUAAAGAUCGGCGCUAAACGCUAGGGAGCGUGCAGAGUACAUUUCGUAUCACCCUUUGAUGCAGUCAGUGUAUGGGUCCGAGAUACGUGCAAGGAAUGGCAUGUGCGAAACCUGUGGCGGCCUCGAAUAAAUAGCCGUUCAUGGCGCUUCUCAGAGCUGUUGUGUGCUGCUGUUCAGUUAACUGGAAUCUUGGAGGCAUAUGCCGAACACUUCGGAAUAGAUCUCAAAUUAGAUGACGAACAAUUAGACAGGAAACAAUAUAGGAAUAAGGAGAAUGUUGAGAAGCUUACGAGGGUGAAUGUCCCCCCAUUGAGCACGAACACGUGAC